CAGCCUCGGUCUCGAGGCUCCAGCCCCUCACCCGCCCCGCCCGGCUGCAAAGCUGCGAAGCGUCUGGAACUGCAUCCUCCGCAUCCACAGCAGCAUCGCUGUCCUCCCGCGACCGCGUCCUGCAGCAGCUGCCGUUGGAGCCGCCUGACUAGGACCACUGUCCACCAUGGUGAAGCUGGGCUGCAGCUUCUCGGGGAAGCCAGGCAAAGACCCUGGGGACCAGGAUGGCGCCGCCAUGGACAGUGUCCCUCUGAUCAGCCCCCUGGAUGUCAGCCAGCUCCAACCACCAUUCGCUGAUCAGGUGGUCAUCAAGACACAGACGGAAUACCAGCUGUCUUCCCCGGGCCAGCCGAAGAAGUUCUCAGACCUGGAGGGCCAGAGGCUGGCCUGCGGCCACCCAGAGGAAGGGCGCAGGCUGCCCACAGCGAGGAUGAUUGCCUUUGCCAUGGCACUCCUCGGAUGUGUGCUGAUCAUGUACAAGGCUAUCUGGUACGACCAGUUCACCUGCCCGGAUGGCUUCCUGCUUCGGCACAAGAUUUGCACACCUCUGACCCUGGAGAUGUACUACACAGAGAUGGACCCCGAGCGGCACCGCAGCAUCCUGGCGGCCAUCGGGGCCUACCCGCUGAGCCGCAAGCACGGCACGGAUGUGCCCCUGCCCUGGGGGGACAACUAUCGCGCCCCCAAGGAAGGACACAAGAGCCCCACCUCGACGGCGGCGGCGGCGGCGGGGGCCGCGGGCACCGAGCCCCCCGGGAAGCCCUCGGCCAAGGGAGAGAAGGAGGAGGAGGCGCGGAAGGUGGCGGGCAGCGCGCCGUCCCCGGCGCCCCCGCAGUGAC